AUGGGUACAGGAAAGAAGAAGAUUGAAAUCAAGAAAAUAACAAAAGAAUCAUCAAGAAUGGUGACAUUCUCAAAGAGACGCAAAGGACUUUUCAAGAAAGCUGUAGAACUCCAAUCCAAGACUAGCGGUACUCAAGUUGCUAUUCUUGUUUUCUCUCCCACAGGUAAACCUUACACUUAUGGUGGGAACGACGUCCUUAACACCUUUGAACACCAUUGCGAUUCUUCUCAUUCGAAUGGUAUGACGUGGGAUUCUAAUUUCAAUGUUGAAACAUGUCAUGACGUGAACGAACUCUUAAUGUUUAAGGCACAUUUGGAAAGGACCAGAGAUAAACUGGUCGAAUCUCAGUUUUUCGAGUCGACAGUUUUGUAG